GUCCCUCGGACACAGCGGAUCACUGAUCAUGGAAAGAGCCGAAGAUGUCGGCUCGGUCAUGUGAUCAGCUGUGGCACUGAUUAUCAGUGUGCCGUGAUGAUCAGUGUAGCCCCAACAGUGCCACCUGUCAGUGUCCAUCAGUGCCUUAUGUUAGUGCCUUGUGCCAGUGCCCAUCAGUGCCACAACAGUGCCAAAUAUCAGUGCACACAAGUGCACAUCAAUGCCACAUAUCAGUGCCCAUCUGAGCUGCCUUUCAGUGUCACCCAUCAGUGCCAGUCAGUGCCACCUAUCAAUGCCAAUCAGUGCCGCCUAUCAGUGCGCAUCAGUGCCACCUAUCAGUACCUGUCAGUG